AUGGAAACCAGUUGGGGUAGAAGAUCUUGCCAUCUCCUCUUCCCUCUGCUUCUCCUCAUUCUUCUACCAGAAAUCUUCUCUGCUACUCUAAUCACUACUACUGAUGCCAACCUACGAUGCAACGGUUCUAUUGCAGAGUGCAAUGAAGAGGAAGAGUUGCUGAUGGAGUCGGAGAUAGCUGGAAGGUUUCUCCAAGAAACGCAGAAUCACAUCUCUUAUGGAGCUCUAAAACAAAACCAGCCCGUCUGUGGUGGAGCUGCAAAUGGUGACGCUUAUACUAAAACCCGCAGCUGCCAACCACCUCCUUCAAAUCCCCAAAACAGAGGUUGUCCUAAGUAUUAUCAAUGUCGCUCUGGCUCUUGA